UUUAGAGUUUUCCGGCCUAAAGACAAAACGGCAACUGGCACCUUAUGAAAAAAAAUUUGUGCAUCUGCCAGGAUGAGCUAGUUUAAAUAGAGAGCACCCCAACCUCUCCAUAUGCCCUACUGAAUCGAGAGAGCUUCACGUACAAUCGCUGAACUCUCUUCUUCUCUUCUCUCGUCAUAAUUUAUUCUCAUGGCCUACUCCUACUUGUUCAGGAGCUUCUACUUCUCCAUCCUUCUCAUUCUGUUCGACGUUACCUCGGCGCAGCUAUCGCCCACUUUCUACGCCACAACAUGCCCUCUCGCGCUCCCCGUCAUUAGCACUGCAGUGAACCUUGCGGUGGCUCAAGAGCGCCGCAUGGGAGCGUCGUUGCUCCGUCUCCACUUCCAUGACUGCUUUGUUAAUGGUUGUGAUGCAUCUAUUCUCUUGGAUGACACUCCGACCUUCACCGGAGAGAAGACAGCUCUCCCCAACGCAAACUCUGUGAGAGGGUACGAGGUGAUCGAUUCAAUUAAAGCUCAACUGGAACUUUUGUGCCCGGGAGUAAUUUCUUGUGCAGACAUUCUAGCUGUAGCUGCUCGGGACGCUGUUGUUGCUUUGGGUGGUAUUACAUGGACGGUGCAGUUGGGCAGGAGAGAUUCAACUACAGCAAGCUUAGAUGUAGCUAACACUGACAUCCCAAGUCCAUUCUUGAAUCUGGACGACCUCAUUACAGCCUUUGCAAACAAGGGCUUCACUGUGAACGAACUGGUGGCUCUAUCUGGGUCUCACACAAUAGGGCAGGCUAGGUGCUUAUUGUUUCGAGAUCGUAUCUACAAGGAGACCAAUAUUGACACCCAAUUUGCUAUAGCCCUGAGGUCGAACUGCCCAACUGCAGGAGGAGACAACAAUCUCGCCAAUUUUGACACCACAACUCCUACAGUGUUCGAUAAUGCUUAUUUCACCAACUUGUUGGCCAACAAGGGGCUGUUGCACUCGGACCAGCAGCUCUUCACUGGUGGCUCCACCGAUGCUCAAGUUAGAACCUACAGCAUCAACUCUGCAGCUUUCUUUACGGAUUUCGGGAAUGCCAUGAUCAAGAUGGGGAACCUUAGCCCCCUCACUGGCAGUAACGGCCAGAUUAGGGCCAAUUGCAGAAGAGUUAACUGACUCUCUCUGCUCCGGAGUCUGCUCUUUUCUCUCUAUAUGGGCUUGUUCUUAAGUUUUCUGGGUUCUUAGACCAAUGUAAGCCAAUAACACAGAUCUAUAUAUAGUGUGUCUUAAUUACUUUCUUUUUUUCCCUCUCCUAUGGAAUAAAUCCUCUUGUUCCCAGCCAAAAAUAAAUGGAAAAAGAAGUGUGAAUCUAU